AUGAUUUGCUGUCAUUCAUUGUGUGUAUCCACUCUUCGGAUUCUCCAUGGCGAUAUUUUUUUUAUCAUCAGUGGUUGUCAAUAUAAACACGUAUAUGAGUACAUAUUUAUAUGCAUAUACAUAUGUACUUGUCUGUACCUUUUGUGGUUUUUUUGUCUGUAUAUUAGUUUUAUUUUCGUCUUUUCUUCUAAUUAUUAUCAAUCGCUGUUGUCAGUCCCUGUUUUCUCUACAGACACGUGG